UCAAAUUCAAAGGCCCAAAUUUCGAUUUGAGAGAGCCAGAGAGAGAGAGAGAGAGAGAGAGAGAGAGAGAGAGAGAGAGAGAGAGAGAGAGAGAGACGGAAGAUCGGGAAGGAGGAGGAGAGAAAGAUGAUGACCGGCGGGAACUACACGACUAUCGACGACAGCCAAAAAGUCUCUGGCUCUGUACCUUCUGUUCCAGAUCCAGGUCACACCACCGUCAAAUUCGCAGAAUCAAAUCUUCAAACCUUUCCUCCAUCUGCUACUCAGGGCAAGAUCUCUGGUGGUAGUAAUCCCCCUCGUGAUGCUGACGAUACAUUUUCUGGGCCUGGUAGAAGUAGUACAGAUGAACCUCACUCUGGUGGUUGGCUCCAUAAGUUCACUGUUGGUGCUUACAAGCCCUUCUUUGAUGUCGACACUUCGGAUGUUGUGGACAGGCUCAAAGAAUCUCUCUUCCCAUUCCGUGGAACUUUUACAGAGAAGACUGCCGAUAAGCCUGACUUGUAUGGUCCAUUCUGGAUAUGCACGACUUUGAUAUUCGUGGCAGCAUCCAUCGGCACAUUUGUCACGUACGUAGCACACAAAUGGAAGAAACAAGAGUGGAACUACGAUAUUAAUCUGGUGACUUGGUCUGCAGGAGUGUUCUAUGGCUAUGUCACGAUUAUUCCUCUCGCUUUAUAUGUCGUUCUCAAAUACUUCUCUGCACCUUCAGGCCUAGUUCAGCUCUUCUGUCUCUACGGCUAUUCCCUGUUCAUCUUCAUCCCUGCAUUGUGUCUCUCGGUCGUGCCAGUGGAGAUCUUCAGAUGGGUUAUAGCAGGUGUGGCAGGGUUCAUGUCUGCGACUUUUGUGGCUUUGAACCUCAAAGCGCAUAUCAAUUCCGCUGGGGAGAGAUCGAUCCUGAUCAUCGCAAGCAUCUUUCUAUUGCAGCUGGGGCUUGCGGUUGUGCUGAAGCUCUAUCUCUUCACUGUCACCGUAUGAUUCAUACAAAGUUGUAGACCAUUGUUCUUUAUAUAAACUUAAAAGGUAAUUAUGUUUUCUGAUAAUCUGUAGAUUCAUUCAUAAGCGUUUUCUCCUCCUUGGAGAUUUAUCCAAAAUUUUCUAUCCAGGAUUCCAUUUCAUUUAUUUACUUUGUAGAAAACAGUGUAAGAAUAAUAAAAUCGAUUUGUGACU